AGAAUGUCUCUGUCAAGUCGACAAACAGCAAUUGUUAACCCUCCACCACCAGAAUAUAUAAAUACUAAGAAAAAUGGGCGAUUGACAAAUCAACUGCAGUAUCUACAAAAAGUUGUCCUGAAGGCUUUAUGGAGGCAUAAUUUUUCCUGGCCUUUUCAGCAGCCUGUCGAUGCUGUGAAACUAAAGUUGCCUGAUUAUUACACCAUUAUAAAAACCCCAAUGGAUUUAAAUACAAUUAAGAAGCGCUUAGAACAUAAAUAUUAUAUGAAGGCUUCAGAGUGUAUAGAAGACUUCAACAUAAUGUUCUCAAAUUGCUAUUUAUACAACAAGCCUGGAGAUGACAUUGUUCUUAUGGCACAAGCUCUAGAGAAGUUGUUUAGGCAGAAAUUAUCUCAGAUGCCACAAGAAGAACAAAUUAUAGGUGGUAAGGAAAGAAUAAAGAAAGGGAUUCAACAUAAUGUAGCAGUUCCUUCUGGUAAAGAAAAACAAUCCCCAAAAGCACUGGACAAAGUAUUUAAGCAGCAAGUGAUUCCCUCUGUAUUUCCUAAGACAUCUAUUUCUCCUUCAAACAUGUCACAAGGUACUCUAUUCAACACUACCUCACAAACAGUGGCCCAAGUUACAAGGGGUGUGAAGAGGAAAGCAGAUACCACGACUCCUACAACUUCAGUAGUUAAAGCAAGUGGUGAAUCUUCCCCAACACUUGCAGAAAAAAAAUCAGUGAAAAUGCCACCUAUGAAAGAAAAUGUGCUGAAGACUGUUUUGCCGGAUUCUCAGCAACUAUGUAAAGUCAUAAAGAGUGUUGAAGUGACCGAACAAUUAAGGCACUGUAGUGAGAUUCUUAAAGAAAUGCUUGCAAAGAAACACUUGUCCUAUGCGUGGCCCUUUUAUAAUCCUGUUGAUGUUAAUGCUUUGGGGCUCCAUAACUACUAUGAUAUUGUGAAAAAUCCAAUGGAUCUUGGAACUAUUAAGGGAAAAAUGGACAACCAAGAAUAUAAAGAUGCAUAUGAAUUUGCGGCAGAUGUUAGAUUAAUGUUCAUGAAUUGCUACAAGUACAAUCCUCCAGACCAUGAAGUAGUGACAAUGGCAAGAACACUCCAGGAUGUCUUUGAAAUGCAUUUUGCAAAGAUCCCAGAUGAACCUGUUGAGAGUAUGCCUGUAUGCUACAUCAAAACAGAUACCACAGAAGUCCAUGAUAGAGAAAGCAGAAGUGAAGCUUCUUCUGAAGAUAACUCUUCUGGUGAUUCUGAAGAUGAACGAGUUCAACGUCUUGCAAAACUUCAGGAGCAGCUGAAAGCUGUUCAUCAACAGCUACAAGUUCUAUCCCAAGUACCUUUCCAUAAGCUAAAGAAAAAGAAUAAGUCUAAAAGGGAAAAGAAGAAAGAAAAGGUUAAUAACAGAGAUGAAAAUCCAAGGAAAAAGGUUAAGCAAAUGAAAUUAAAGGAAAAGUCUAAAAGCAAUCAGCCAAAGAAGAGGAAACAGCAGGUGUUGGCUCUGAAACCUGAAGAUGAUGCUAAUGCUAAACCUAUGAACUAUGAUGAGAAAAGGCAGUUAAGCUUGGAUAUAAACAAACUCCCUGGAGAUAAACUUGGGCGGGUUGUUCAUAUAAUACAAUCAAGAGAGCCUUCACUGAGAAAUUCCAACCCUGAUGAGAUAGAGAUAGACUUUGAAACACUAAAAGCAUCAACACUGCGAGAACUAGAAAAGUAUGUUGCUGCAUGUCUAAGAAAAAGACCACUAAAGCCUCAUGGUAAGAAGAUAAUGAAGUCCAGAGAAGAAUUUCAUUCACAGAAAAAACAGGAGUUGGAAAAGCGGUUACUAGAGGUCAAUAAUCAGUUAAACUGUAGAAAACGUCAACCAAAAUCUGAGAAGACGCAGUCAUCCAAGGCUGUUGGAAGUGGUUCCCGAUUAAGCGAAAGCAGUAGCAGCAGCAGCAGCAGCAGCAGCAGCAGCAGCAGCAGCAGCAGCUCCUCGGAGACUGAAAGCAGUAGCAGUGAUUCAGGCUCCUCAGACAGCAGUGAUUCUGAAUCAGAAAUGUUUCCUAAAUUUACUGAAGCAAAACAGAAUGAUUCUCCUAAAGAACAAGUAAAGAUACAGUCUUCUGUACAAGAUCAAGCCUCUGCAAAAACUACCCUUUUUUGUCAGACUUCAUAUUCAUGUGAAACACCACCAGAUCACCAUCAGUUAGCAUUUAAUCAUCAAGAAUUAGAACAUUUACACAGUGUGAAAAACAUUUCAUCUUUACAAAUUCUGCCUCCCUCAGGUGAUUGUGAACAACAUUUGAAUGGCCUAACUAUGAUGCAUCAGUCUGGUGAUAAUGACACAACGGUGUUAGAAUCUGAAGGUCCAGUACCUGUGCAGAAGGAUAUAAAGAUCAAGAAUGCAGACUCUUGGAAAAGUUUAGGCAAACCAGUCAAAACAUCAGGUGUACUAAAGUCCUCAGAUGAGCUCUUCAACCAAUUUAGAAAAGCAGCAAUAGAAAAAGAAGUAAAAGCUCGAACACAGGAACUAAUUCGGAAACAUGUGGAACAAAAUACAAAGGAACCAAAAGUAUUGCAAGAAAAUCAGAGGGACCUUGGCUGCAUUCAACAAUCUUUUUCAAAUAAAAUGCAAAACCAGUGCCUUGGAAAAGAGCAGAAAGAACAUCAGCAGUCUUUGGAAACUCAAGAUAAAUACAAACUCUUGCUUCUCAAAGACCGUAAUUUAGCAAGGGAGAAAGAGCAAGAGCGGAGGAGGAGAGAAGCAAUGGCUGGUACCAUUGAUAUGACUCUUCAAAGCGAUAUUAUGACAAUGUUUGAAAACAACUUUGAUUAA